UAUCCUUUCUCCAAAAAACGGAAACGGGUGACGGAUCAGGUGAAUUCCAGGAAUGACAUAUUUAACAUAGAUGAAAAUUAUAAAGUGAAAUAUAAGAGCAAAUAAAAUAUUUAAAAGUGAAAAGUCAUUAAAGGAAAGGCUUCAAGGCAAUUUAUAAGUUGCAUACAUAUAUUUCUUUUAUUCUAAUUUUUGUAAAAGCCGUAAAAAAAUUCCGAGAAAAAUUAUUUAAAUUUACCCAAUACUCUUAUUAAAUCAAGUUGCUUCUUAUAAAAUAAUUUAAAAUUAUCUCUGAAAGCGAAGGAUGACUCUUAGAUGAAAAUAAUUAUUUUUCAGGAUGUCUCCGAAGAAAGAAACUAUAAAGAAAAUUAAAUGCCAUGUAGUAGGUGACAUCGGCAUUGGAAAGACUUCUCUUCUUCUAGCAUAUGAAAAGAAAAGGUUUCCAACCGAAAUCGAACUUCUAUUGACUUGUUUUCCCUACCCACGGUUUGCAAACACAGUAGUUAAGUAUGAAUCUUCAGAUGUUUAUUUAUGGGAUAAUAUGGAAUAUGACGAAUUCACGGAACUCAGAACGUUAGGGUAUUUAGAUACACACGUAUUCAUUAUUUGCUUCUCCGUUGUUUUACCUUCUUCAGCAGAAAGUAUCAAGGAGCAGUGGCUUCCAGAAAUAACUUUUCAUUGUCCGGGUACACCCUACAUUUUGAUUGGAACUCAAAUCGAUUUACGAAGAAAAGGAACUAUGGUUCUAAAUAACCAGAAACCGAUCACAUACAAAGAGGGAAAGAAACUGGCUGCAAAGCUGAAAGCUGUUAAAUAUCUUGAAUGCUCAGCCUUAACUCAAGAAGGCAUGCAAGAUCUGGUGAAGGAAGUAGUACUGGUAGCACGAACAGCUCCCAAAAAGAAAUAGAAACACAAAUGUCUCAUCAUAUAAUGUUCUCGUCUCAUAGCUGUUUUUAUGACAUAUUUUGGUAAUUGCUGUCAGUUGAAAAAAUUAAAUCAUUAUUGGUCUAUAAAGACAUAGUAUUAUUACAGAAUUUUACUGGAAAAAUUCAAGGUGAUCCAAAAAAUCUGCAUUAUAAGUAUUUUUUAUUAAAACAACUCUGGAGAUAUCACAAGAAUUUCUCACUUCCACUUUUUUAGUCUUUUUCCUAUUUAGAAGAAAUAGAGCCGGCGUCCUGGCAUAGGGGUAGCGCGUCUUUCACGUGAUCUGGGCGUCCCGGGUUCGAGUCCCGGUUCGGGCAUGGCUGUUCUUCUUCUGUGCUCUAUCUGUAAGGUGUGUGAAAGUCCCCCCCCCUUGCAAAAAGGGCUGUGCAAGCGAAUGUGACGCUUGAAGUAGCUAAGUCGUACUCUUGGCCCUAGUUGGCGCAACUGGCAAAACAAGAGACGCUCACUCGGCUUAAAUCGCUGACAGACAACUGUAAGCGGGCGUAUAAAGUGAUAUAAAGUUAUCACAACAACAAACGAAGAAAUAGAAUGUCAAGGUAACUGCAAAAGACUACACGAGAAAAAGGUAAUAGAAAUUUUACUGUAAAUUCGAAAUAUUAUGAAGAUAUGAUUUGUGAAAUUUGGCAAAAGUUUAGCAAAUGUAUUCUGAAAUCUUAUGUUUAGGUGAGGAAUUGCCUUAUAUUUCCAAAGGGCGCAUGCUCAUUGUCGACUAGAUAUGCAAACUAUAUCUACGCUUUGCUGAAAGAAAAAGAAAUAAAACUAUUUCAAGAUCAGUCUUUACUAUUUUCUCCCAUUUUAGCAGACCAUUCGUUAUCUUUUCUCCGUUUUUUUGGAGAGGCGUGAUGAUCCACUAAGAUUUUUCUUGGAUUUAUUUGAAAUCAUUAUUAUUAACUUUAUAUUCAUUUGUUGAACUUCAUUUUACAUUUUGAUAAGAAUGUGCACUAGUUUAUUUAAAAUUAUUUAUAUUUUACUGUGCUUUGGUUUAAAAAUGUUUUACUCAAUUCAAAGUAAGAUGGUGCGAAUUCAGUUUUAGAUAUGUAAAGAUGUUAUUAAGGGACAUCUAUUUGCUUAUUUACUACACUGUAAUUUCAGUACAGAAACUGCUGUGUAAAGAAAUAAGAUUUAAGUAUGAAUAAUACAUCAAUCAUGAAAUACAGAAAUCGUUAUCAAAGGGAACAUUCAAACAGCAUCAUCUAGUCUUUUUACCAAAUAAUGUAAUAUUUAUUCCUUUUUAAUAAUCAAUCUUUGUGUUAUUUCAAAUCAAUCUUGUAUAUUUUAUAAAACAUCGGAAACUUUGCUAAAUAAGGGCAUUUACAAUCUGUUUUGAUGAAAUGAGAAAGGAACAGUACCUUUCAAAAACAUUUAUUUCAUAUAGAACCUAGGAAUAUUUCUCUCGAAUUUCUCUCUUGAAUAAUUAAGCGUUCAAUUUGAACUUUGAACAUAGAAAAAAAAAACCCAGAACGACGUGAUAAUUUGCGCAAUCGCAUUAUUUCUGAUCAGGGAAAUGUUGAAAGUGAAAGAUUAUCGUUGUAUAAGUAAUGGCAACUAAAGAUUUAUACUACCUGUCGAAGACUUCUUCUAUCAUGUCAACUUUGCCCGCUGCAACAACUUCUCUUCGUGGAAUUUUCCAUGGAAACCCUUGAUAUUUCGUAUUCUAAAGACUUUAUGUAUAGCGAAGCGAAUACGUUGAGUGUGUUAAGUGUAGAAGCCAAGUCAAAAGUUCGUCAGGUUCACCCCGUCGAGCAGGAUAUAUGGUCAGUCAGGUGAAAAAAAAAAUUUAAAAUCAUCACUUUAAAAGUUAGUCAUAAAUUCAUGGCUUUAACUUUCACGAAAAUUCCUUGUUAACAUGUUGUGUCUUUGCGAAUAAUAUUUGUUGACGUGUAAUAUUAUUGUUAAAUUCAAGAAAUAUUUUUUACCAUUUUUGUUACAGUGGAGAAUAGUGUAUGAAUGAAAAUGGGCAAACAAAAUGCCCAUACCACAAGAUGUCUCAACGUUUUCAUCUAUUUUGAAAUUAAUUCCAACAAGAAUAAUCAGUUAUAAGAAAGCUUGUUACUGGUUUCCAGAGUGCAACAAUCCCAUCUGAUGGCUACCACUUGUAAUCUAUUAUAUUUGGACACAUUUUUGAUUACUAAUUGCACACACACAUACACACCAUUUUCCUUUUUGAAGAACAAGGAAAUUAUUGUUUACAUAGUAAUUCUUAAUUAUUGUUUACAUAGAAUUUUUUAAAGAAUAUCUUCAGAUUAAAAAAAAAUCAUUCUUAUUAAAAAACGUUUUACAAAAUACUUUGAUGUAAUUUAGAUUUAUAUGAAACACUAUAUGAAAUUUGGACUAUUUAAAAAAAAUUUCAGCUCAUUUUAGAGAACAACAAGGAUGUAAUGCAGGUUACUUUCUUCUAAUAUUUAGGAAACGUUUAUGAUAUUUUUUAUACGUUUAAAACUAGAUUCAAACUAGAACGAA